GUAGAGUUUCGGACUGAUGAGCGAAUAUCAAGGGCAGGCCUUCGCCGGAUCGCGCUGAACUUGGGAGAGCAAAGCAACGGCGGAAGCGAGCAACGAUGACGGUGUUCCAUUUCUUCAACUGUGCGAUUCUCACUUUCGGUCCUCAUGCUGUCUACUACUCUGCGACGCCCUUAUCUGAGUAUGAUACACUCGGAACAUCAGUCAAAGCUGCACUUGUUUAUCUUGGAACUGCCUUAGUAAAGCUUGUAUGCCUUGCAACCUUUCUUAACGUGUCAGAGAAUGACUCCUUUGACCUGUAUCAGGAACUGUUGAAAGCGCUCAUCGGUUUUAUUGAUGUUGCUGGACUUUACUUUGCUUUGACCCAGUUGACUUACCGGAACAUAUCUCAGAACCAUAAGUUUCAGGCAGUUGGACUGGGUUGGGCAUUUGCUGAUUCUGUUUUGCAUAGAUUGGCACCACUUUGGGUCGGGGCCAGAGGACUGGAGUUUACUUGGGAUUACAUUUUGCAGGGCCUUGAAGCUAAUGCAAAUCUGGUGUUGAGUAUAUCUCUUGCUGCAUUGGGAUCUUUGAUGUGGCUUAGGAAGAACAAGCCCAAGACUCUAAUUCCCAUGAUAUAUGUCUGUGCAUUGAUCGUAGCUACCAUGCCAUCCAUCACAAGCUACUUAAGGCGAGGAAUGGGUUGGCACUUCCCAAAGGUGGUGGGAUUUGAGCUCUUCACCUCUCUGGUGAUGGCUUUUAUUAGUUGGCAGCUUUUCUCUGCUUGUCAGAGACCCUCUGUUUAAGGGUGAGACUCUACUCUACUGAGGAUAUGUUAAGAGGCUGGACGUGAAUUUUGGACGUGAACCCUUCUGCCUAAUUUUGUUAUCAAUUGCAAUAUUUUAGUGUUGUUUAGUUUCAGAUUUCAGAUUUUAGAUUUGGAAUGAAAUGGAAGUAAAACUUAGCUUGCUCUGAGACAAUGUAAUCUUCUAUGUUUUUCUCCCUCCAGAUUUUUUAACAAAGGAAUAUUUUGGUCUUUUUCAA